GGAGGAGAAGGCGGGGAGGCGGGGGCUGGCGAGGCGGAUGGUGCGGUGGCGACGGUGGGCGUGAACGACACGGCCGCGACAUGCGUGUUCACGGCUCUGCAGACCAACACCAGCCUCCGAGUGCUGCGCAUGCGCGGCGCUGUCGGCCUCACGCUGCGCUCCCUUCGUGCCGCCGGGGAGAUGCUCCGCCGCAACACCUGCCUCUCGGAACUGGACCUCUCCAACUCCUCAUUCAACACCUGCGCCACCGCCUCCUCCUCCUCCUUCUCCCACGCCAGAAGCACGGCCGCUGCUGGUAAUGACCGGGAGCUCCUCCGAGAGCCCUGUUCCUCAGCGGCAGCAGCAGGAUUAGGAGCAGCGGCGGUUCUGGGUUCUUCAAGGCCGCUGUCUCAGCAGUCCUCCCUGACAUCCAUGCCCUCAUCGUCCCGAGGUUCCCUCACGCCCAUGACCUCCCUGCAGCUCGCGCAUUCCCAAUCACAUUCCGAACAACCCUGUGACGGGACGCUAUCUGCAGCAACGACGACCCAUGGGUCAGCGUUGGCAGCGGCAGCGGGUAUCAGUGACGGCGGCCAGCGCGCAUCCUCCUCCUCCUCCUCCAUCCCGCAUGCGCCAUCAUUACCAUCGCAGCCUAGAGCGAGUAGCACCGGCAGUGGCGGCGGCGGCCAUUCCCACUCCCAACAACACCACCACCACCACGCCCUGGUCCGACCUCCGUCACUCCGCCGGCUCGGCAGUUUCGCGCAUGGCGGCGGUGGCGGCAGCGCGGGUGGCCUCACUGCUGCCUCGGAGGCUCUGGAUGCCGAGGAUGUUGAGGUGCUGGGGGCCAUAUGGAGCGCUCUGGCGGGGGGUGUGGCGGCUAACGGGCGACUGCGGGUGUUGCGGCUGGCUCACUGCAAUGUGGGGUCGGUGGGGGCGGCGGCGCUGGCGCCUGCGCUGAUGCAGAACUCUACCUUGCGGGAGCUAGACCUCUCCGGCCUGCCCGCCGCCACCGCCAAGAUCCACCUGGCGUCAGUCAUCGCCCGCGCAGCGACCAACCUGGCAGCAGCAGCAGCCUCUUCCUCCUCUUCCUCCUCUGCCGCCGCUGCCGCAGCAGCAGCAGCAGCAGCUUCGUCUGGUGUCGGCUGCUCUUUGGUUGCGUUGCUGGCCACCAGUGAAUCGUACGAGCAAGUAGACCUGUUGCAAUCGGAUAAGGUGAC